AAUUUGGGACAGAUAUUAAGAGCCGUUUCCCUCCGUCUUAAUUUUCUACUAUUUUUGCACAUGUAUUUGUUGUAGAAAAUCUCACUGAUGCUUUUCGUUUUCUAUUUUGUUUCUCCCCUUAGGAAGAUAGUAUAAUUAGUGUCCGUUUUUUCGUCUCUUUGUCCAAUUAACUUGUUUGAGUUUUUAGUCAAAAAAAAAAAAAAACUUGUUUGAGUUUUGACCCAGUUUGCUUGCUUGUCCCUUCGAAAUUGUGACUGCAAUUUUAUUACAAAAAAUGAAGAGAAACACGAUAUAAUGCAAGCACAGUUGCAAUACUGACAAAGAAACGUAUAUACUUUUUUAUCCAAGUAUAGUAGUAUAGGAAAGGAAGCUCUGUUAACCGGAGAGAGAGAGAGAGAGAGAGAGAGAGAGUUGACACUCACACACUGCUGAUGGGGCAGUGUUACGGUAAGACGAUCCCCACCGAAGACAACGAUGGGUACCCCACCAGCACCACCACCGCCGCCGAUCUCCCUCCCCAGACGCCGCCUCGCAAUGGCACUCCGGCGAGAUCCUCCGCCGCAAACAGCCCCUGGCCGAGUCCCUACCCCAGCGCAACUCCUGCGGGGGUCUCUCCCUCUCCGGCGAGGUCGACGCCGAUGAGGUUCUUCAAGAAGCCGUUUCCGCCGCCCUCCCCGGCCAAGCAUAUUAGGGCGUCGCUGAGGAAGUUGGGGCACAAGAGGAAGUCGCCUCGCCAGGGGCCCAUUCCGGAGGAUGCGGCGGCGGCGGCGGAAGAUGCGGAGCAGCAGCAGCAGCAGCAGCAGCACGCGCUGGACAAGAAUUUUGGGUAUAAUAAGAAUUUCGGGGCCAAGUAUGAGCUUGGGAAGGAGGUCGGCAGGGGGCAUUUUGGUCAUACCUGCUAUGCCAAAGGCCGAAAGGGGGAGCUCAAGGACCUGCCUCUUGCCGUCAAAAUCAUCUCCAAACCCAAGAUGACGACUGCAAUAUCCAUUGAAGAUGUUCGCCGAGAAGUGAAAAUUUUGAAAGCUCUUUCAGGUCAUAGACAUCUAGUUAGAUUUUAUGAUGCUUGUGAGGAUGCCAAUAAUGUGUACAUAAUAAUGGAGUUAUGUGAAGGUGGAGAACUGCUUGAUAGAAUAUUGUCAAAAGGUGGUAGAUAUACCGAAGAAGAAGCAAAACUUAUUAUUGUUCAGAUUCUUAGUGUUGUUGCAUUUUGUCAUCUUCAAGGUGUUGUCCACCGUGACUUAAAACCUGAGAAUUUUCUAUUUACCUCCAGAAGUGAAGAUGCUGAUAUGAAACUCAUUGACUUUGGUCUUUCUGACUUUAUCAGGACAGAUGAAAGACUAAAUGAUAUUGUUGGAAGUGCUUAUUAUGUAGCACCUGAGGUUCUUCAUAGAUCUUACAGUGUGGAGGCUGAUAUAUGGAGUAUUGGUGUCAUUACCUAUAUUUUGCUUUGUGGAAGUAGACCAUUUUGGGCAAGGACGGAGUCUGGAAUAUUUCGUUCUGUUUUGAGAGCUGAGCCAAACUUCGAGGACAUGCCUUGGCCAUCCGUCUCUUCACAUGCCAAGGACUUCGUAAAGCGACUUUUGAACAAGGAUUACCGUAAAAGAAUGACUGCUGCUCAAGCUUUGACUCAUCCUUGGUUGCGAAGUGAGAGCCAUCCAAUUCCGUUAGACAUAUUGGUCUAUAAGUUAGUGAAGUCGUAUCUACAUGCUACGCCUUUUAAACGUGCAGCACUAAAGGCUCUCUCAAAAGCAUUGAGUGAGGAGGAGUUGGUCUAUCUUAGAGCACAAUUCAUGCUUUUGGAGCCUAAUGAGGAUGGACGAGUCUCUCUCGAGAACUUCAAAAAGGCUCUUGCACGUAAUGCUACUGAUGCCAUGAAGGCAUCUAGGGUCCCGGAUAUCCUUCAUGCGAUGGCGCCGUUAUCUUAUAGAAAGAUGGAGUUUGAAGAGUUCUGUGCAGCUGCUAUCAGCACAUACCAACUGGAGGCCCUAGAAAAAUGGGAGCAAAUUGCUUCCACAGCUUUCGAGCAUUUUGAAGAGGAGGGUAACCGCAUUAUAUCAGUAGAGGAAUUAGCUCGGGAGCUGAACGUUGGGCCUACUGCGUAUUCUAUGCUGAGAGAUUGGUUAAAGGGCAACGGCAAACUGAGUUUGCUGGGAUAUACUAAAUUUUUGCAUGGCCUCACCCUUCGCAGCUCAAACAUGAGACAUCAUUAACUAGGUUCUCUUCUCCUCUCUUUUCUCAUGCAUAAUUUAUUUAGGAAUCCUCAAAAAGAAAAUAUUACUGUUGGAUUUUGCGCAUAAUUGAUGAAGAAUUUAAUGUACAAAUGUAGUAGUGGAGUUGAGCUCAACCAUAUUUUACGGCCUGGCCCUCGUUAGAGAUUUUUUUUUUUUGGUUGAUACUUUUGUUUUAUUUUUUUUAUUUUAAUCUUAGUCUUCUUGAUAUAGUGAAUGAAAUUUGUGUUGAGGAAAGUGUUGUAUGGACUGGAGAGUCUUUUGCAUUAGGAAAUGGUAUGCUUUUACAAUUUGUUUUUAAAGAAA